AUGGCCUCACUAGUCGCGCUGAUGCUAGUCAUGACCAUGUUGUCGGGUGUAGCCCUGGGUGAUGAUGAUUUAGCACUAGCGUGCAAAGAUGCACUAGUAAGCUUAUCGCCGUGUCUUGAAUUCAUCACGGGAGGCUCUUCCACCCCGACCUCCUCGUGUUGCUUGCAACUACAUGCUAUUGUUGAAUCACAACCUUGGUGUCUUUGUGUUGGCCUCAAAGGCAAUGGCGCUGAAAUUGGAGUACCCAUCAAUGACACCAGGGCUGAAUCCCUCCCUAGAAUCUGUCGCGUCAAAACUCAGCCUGUUAGCGAAUGCAAUAAACUUCCUGCAGGACUCAACCUAUCUGAUUUGCCUUCUAAUGCUUCCACACCAAAGGGUUCAGUCAAUCCUAACAAUACAACAUUGCCUAAACUUCCUACCAUUCCUUCAGCUGGAACAGGACCAAAAUCGGAUUCUAAGAACACAUCUAAUGGAAGCAUGAUCGAAUUCCCAUUUCAUAUUACCCUCUUUCUUCUCUUCAUCACUUCAAGUGUUUAUGCUAAUAUUGCAAUUUAA